CCUCCCUCGCCUCUCCCCUCGGGCCCGGCCGCGGCUGUCGGCCGCCAGAGGGCGCUCGCGCGCGCUCCCCAUUUAAAGCGAAAGUGCUUUAAUAGGGACAAAACCCUGCCACUUCUUAGCCGCCCUCGGUUGCUUAACUGGGCGCUCCCCUUCCUGUUUCUCCCCACGCGGGUAGAGGAUCUCAGGUGAGGAGUUGGGGGGCGGGGCGGCGAUCCUUUGUUGCAAAGGAGUCGACGCACAGCCGGAAAGCGAGCAAAGGGCAGAUUUGAGCCCUGAUUUGGGCAAGAGCCCAAUGUUUGCAAUGCAAUGCAAUGCAAACGCAAACGGAUCUGUUGCAAUGCAGGCGGUGCUAAGUUAGAGAAGGAGGAGAAGAGGCGAGGAGGCUGGAUUUGGACGCUCGCCACUUUGGACUUUUUGCAGGCGCCAGAGUCCACGGGAGGCGGGACCCACGCGAGGCCAGGAUGUUGCGCGCCCUCGCCAGCUCCGCGCAGCCCAAGCAAGCGCUCGGUCGCCUCCUGAGGAUGAAUAGCACCGGGGCCAAGGCGCGGGGGACCCUCGCCGACAAGGUGGCCUUGGUGACCGCCUCCACCGAGGGGUAAGCUCCGCUGGGGCUCGGCUCCUUUUCUGGAAGGAGUUGCUUUUUUUUUUUUGCAGGGGGGAACUGGGUGCCGGCGAGGCAGAAGCACUCUGCGCGCUCUCAGUGGCACUCUUGCCCCGGCGCAUCUUUCGCUGGCGGUGGAAUUGAGGGAGGGGAAGUCUUCACGGCUAAUCUCCGAGUCGCGUUAAGCCCUCGGGAUCGGUUUUGAAAAGGAGACAAAAAGAGGAUUCUUGCCGCUCUGCUUAAGGGAUAAGUGUGUGCGCGCGUGUGUGUGUAUUGUUGCUGAACGGGAACCCACCCGAGUUUUAACGGAGAUUUUUAAAACCCUCCAAAGCAUCCGAUUCAAAGUCUUUAAGGUAGUGUUUCCUAAAAGCCGUAUCCAGCUCUGCUUCUAAAGAUCAGAACGCUUAGCAUUUUUGUUUUAAUCGUGUGUUUUCAAUGAACAAAGUUUUGCACCUUCCAUUAAGAGACCUUUCCUGAAAAUAUGAGCAGUUGUUUCCCCUGAAAAGUGCCCGGAUCGGGUCUCUUUAAGAUCAUGACUGCAAACGCAUCAUGCAUUUUAGCUUGUGUGCAUGCACACACCAAGAAUCCCUUUGAGAACCGGCCCAGGCAUUAGGCAGGUUGAGACCACUGUCUCAGGUGGCGGAGAAGCAGUGUUGCCACUGGUGCUCAUUUUGGGCACAAUUCUAUCAAUUUUGGUCGAGACACACUACCCCUGGUCCCUGAAACUGGUUUAAGGAUGCUGGGAACUGUAGCUCUGGGAGUGGUAAACUACAGUUCCCAGGAUUUGGGGGGCUGGGGGGUUCAGGUCCAUGGUGCGUACACAGCCAUGGGUUGAAGGUUAAUGAUCAUGCUGAGAUUUGACCCAAGGGCUUUCAGCAAUUAACCAGUGAUAAACCCUGUUGAAUAUAAUGGAACUUCCUUCUGAGUAAACAUUCAAAGGAUUAGGCUGUUGGCCACUGAAUUACAACCAGCUCUCAAUGAUUAACUAAUUAGAGGGAACAUUUUUAAACCACUCCGGAAACUGUAGCUUUGUGUGGGGAGUUGGGGGUCGCUUAACAGCGCUUGGCACCCUUAAACUACGGCUCCCAAGAUUCUUUGGGAGUUUAACGUGGUAUCACAGCCCUUUCAGUGUAUGGUGUAAACAGGCCAUAAGAUAGAAUCAUAGUUGGAAGGGACCCCGGCGGUCCUCUAGUCCAACCCCCUGCAAUGCAGGAAUCUUGCCCAAUGUGGGGUUCAAACCCACGACCGUGGAAUUAAGAGUCUGAUGCUCUACCAGCUGAGCUAUCUGUAAGAUUCAGCUGCCAAUCUAGCUGGCUUCUAUACAAGGAACAGAAAGGCGGGAUAUCUUGUCCUUUGCCUCGGUCACCAUCUUGGACUGGCAUUGCUUCUCUUCCCUUCCUAUGAAUUGCAGACACGCACACACACCAUGUUGAACUAUAGAUUGUAAUCUCCUCAGGGCAGGGAUCUAGACCGAUUCUCCAAGUCUUCUGCACAUCAAUAGUACAGUGGUACCUUGGUUUGCAACCGUUUUGGAUUACAACCACGUCAAACCCUGAAGUGUGUGUCCCUUUUUUUUGAAUUGCAACCCUUUUUAUUAUUAUUGCAACCCAUUUUUUUUGGAGGCCCCAUUGGCGAAAGCGUGCCUUGGGUUACAACCUGUUUUGGUUUACAACUGAACUUCCGGAACAGAUUAUGGUUGUAAACCAAGGUGGUGUUGUUGUUUAGUCGUUUAGUCGUGUCCGACUCUUCGUGACCCCCUGGACCAGAGCACACCAGGCACUCCUGUCUUCCACUGCCUCCCGCAGUUUGGUCAAACUCAUGCUGGUAGCUUCGAGAACACUGUCCAACCAUCUCGUCCUCUGUCGUCCCCUUCUCCUUGUGCCCUCCAUCUUUCCCAACAUCACGGUCUUUUCCAGGGAGUCUUCUCUUCUCAUGAGGAGGCCAUUGAGUCUCAGCUUCAGGAUCUGUCCUUCCAGUGAGCACUCAGGGCUGAUUUCCUUCAGAAUGGAGAGGUUUGAUCUUCUUGCAGUCCAUGGGACUCUCAAGAGUCUCCUCCAGCACCAGAAUUCAAAAGGAUCAAUUCUUCGGCGAUCAGCCUUCUUUAUAGUCCAGCUUUCACUUCCAUACAUCACUUACUAGGAAAACCAUAGCUUUUACUAUAUGGACCUUUGUUGGCAAGGUGAUGUCUCUACUUUUUAAGAUGCUGUCUAGGUUUGUCAAACCAAGGUAUCACUGUACUAUAUAAACAGCAGUAAUAAAUAUAUCCAGCUUUGUGCUGAAAACCAGGGUAGGCUUAGGUUCCCAGCUCCUUUUCUGGGGAGACAGUCCCCCCCCCGCCUCCUUUAUUUCCUCAAGAAACUUAUGCAUUCUUGACAGAAUUGGCCUAGCAAUUGCCCGCCGCCUGGCCCAAGAUGGCGCCCAUGUGGUUGUGAGCAGCCGUAAGCAAGCCAACGUCGACCGGGCCGUCGCUGAGCUACAAACGGAGAACCUGAGUGUGUCGGGGUUGGUGUGCCAUGUGGGGAAGGCCGAAGACAGACAGCGCCUUAUCAACGCGGUGAGAGCCAAGGCUUUUCUUGGGGGGGGGGGAAGCAUAUUUAAAGCACUGAAUGAUUUCGCCCCAAGGAAUCCUGGGAACUGUAGUUUGGAGUACUGAGCAUUGUUCCCCUCACGGAACUACCAUGGUUUAGCAAUCGUUUCUCUGGGAAUUGUAGUUUUGUGUGGGGAAUUGGGGGGGUCUCUUAGCAAUUCUCAGCACCUUUCAUAAACUUCAGUUCCCAGGAUUCUCUGGGGGAAGCCACGACUGCUUAAAGCAGUGUUUCCCAACCUUGGGCCUCCAGCUGUUUUCGAACUACAAUUCCCAUCAUCCCUGACAACUGGUCUUGCUAGCUGAGGAUUAUGGGAGUUGUAGUCCAAAACCAGCUGGAGGCCCAAGGUUGGGAAAUGCUGGCUUAAAGUACUAUGAUUUCAGUUUAUGGCACGGAUGCGGCCUAUUUUCUUGUUUAUGGUGGCCCGCCUCAGAAUGAGAAUGGUGGGUUUUGAACUGCGCCCUCCAGGGUCCCUUCAUAGGAUGACCAGUAAUGGUGGACGCCCACCAUCCGUCUCCGUCUUCUCCUGCAACGUGCCGCUCCAAGACUCUUGGGUGCCCUCCAGACGGGUGACGGCAAAGCUAAUGGCUGCAAGCAGAGUAGGCAGCCUAGAAAACUCCCAGAAUCCUCCAGGCAGCCAUUUUGUAGGUCUCGCACAGAGGCAGCUUGGCCAUGUUGGCCCAGAGAAGCCGAGGCUUGCGCAGGAGAACAUUCUGGAAGAUUGCACCUUGAUCAGUCGAAAGCUCUGUAGGUUUUCCCACCCACCCACCGACCUCAGGCACCAAAAUCUGUGGGGCUGAGCCUUCCCUACACACUCCCUUUUCUGUUCCUCUUCUCCCCGAUUCCCCAACCAAAGAGGGUCAAGUUUAUUUUAAGUUAAUGUAUUACGGUAUUUUAAUAUUUUGUUGGAAGCUGCCCAGAGUGGCUGGGGAAGCCCAGCCAGAUGGGCCGGGGAAUAAAUUUAUCAUUAUUAUUAUUAUUAUUAUUAUUUAUCAUUUUAUGCUAUCCUGAAAUUCUCCUCUGCUCUGAUUUCAAGAGAGCAAAUGGCCUUUCUCUCUGCGGCGGGUGGAGCUCCUACUUUGACCCCCUCCAACUCUCAGGAGGAGUUGGACUAUACAAAUCUCUCUUUAAAGGGGACUUGCUGGCUCUCGUCUCCCAAGUAUGGGGAAACAGGAGACCUAUAGAUUCCCAGGAAUGGGGUAUCCCUGGUUUGGCUGGCACUGAUAAAUGACUCUUUGGUGUCAGAAUCAGGAGGAGCAGGGCGAGGUGGCUGUUCCCUAUGGCAGCGUACGCGUUGUACGUUUAAUAAAACACAUUUGAAGCAUGGGGCUUCUUCCAAAGAAUCCCGGGAACUGUAGUUUGUUGAGGGCGCUGGGAAUUCUAGCGGUACAGCUUCCAAGAUUAUUUUUGCCACAUGCUUUUGUGCACAUGCCUUUUCCAACAGCUCCUAUCCAAAGAUAUCUGUCGCUAGACCUGUUUUUCAGCUUCUGCUUGCUCUCAGGGAAGGAGAAAUUUCAUUGCAUUACAAAAGGGGCAGUUCUGUGUCAGAUCUGCAUCCCGUAGGAUUGAAAUGUUUGUCAAGGGGUGGGGUGCUGCGAAGCGGGAUGUUGCAUGUAUUAUUAACAUUGGUUUAUUUAUUGUAUUCAGCUUAUAGCCCACCUUUCCUUCCGAAGGAAACAUAUUCAUAAUAAAAUAUUUUUUUUCAAAAACAAAACUGAAAACACUUAAAAACAUCCUAAAAACUGCCACUUCAAGGUCUCUUUCAGACAACAUCUGGUUGGCCACUGUGAAGACUGGGUGCAUGGCAGGGGGUUGGGCUGGAUGACCUUUGGGGGUCCCAACUCUAUAAUUGUAUGGUUCUGUGACUAGAAGGCGCCCCCCCCUUUGGCCUGCGCCCAGCGGCCAGGCUCUCCUGAUGUUCUGUGAAGGGCUUGGUUUUUAAACAGAGAUUCCCUGUUUGGGGAAGCUUUUAAUGUUUAAUAGGCUUUUGUAUUUUAAUAUUCCAUUGGAAGCCGCCCAGAGUGGCUGGAGAAACCCAGCCAGAUGGGCGGGGUAUAAAUAAUAAAUAAAUUAUUAUUAUUAUUUUAUUAUUAUUAUUAUAUUCGUAGUGUGUUCGCAUUGCUCAUUCUGUGCCUUGUGCUGCAGGCCCUGGAGCGCCACGGAGGAAUCGACAUACUGGUCUCCAACGCGGCAGUGAAUCCCUUUUUUGGCUCCACUCUGGAUGCCACAGAAGAAGUCUGGGACAAGGUAAGGGGUUCGGGGCGGGCGGAGGGAAAGGACUGAGGUGCUGAGGAUGAGCCCCUCGGGGCAGGAAAGGGGCAUGAGCUCGGCCAGUGGGGUGAAGCGGCACAGUUGGCAUAGAGCAGAGGCUUCUGGGAAACACAGUGUUGCUCGAACCAAGGCUGGGAUGCAGGAAGCUGCCUCAUGUCGGGUCCCAUCCAUUCACACUCACUCUCAGCUUAAGCCGACUUCGCAGAGCUGCUGUGAGGGUGAAAUGGGGAGGAGAGCUAUGUGCCUUGAGUUCUGUGGAGGGGAAGGCUGUGUGUAAUAAUAAUAAUAAUAAUAAUAAUAAUAAAGGUAAAGGGACCCCUGACCAUUAGGUCCUGUCGCAGACGACUCUGGGGUUGCGGCGCUCAUCUCGCUUUAAUGGCCGAGGGAGCCGGCAUACAGCUUCCGGGUCAUGUGGCCAGCAUGACUAAGCCGCUUCUGGUGAACCAGAGCAGGACAUGGAAAACACUGUUUACCUUCCUGCCGGAGCGGUACAUAUUUAUCUACUUGCACUUUGACGUGCUUUCGAAUUGCUAGGUUGGCAGGAGCAGGGACCGAGCAACGGGAGCUCACCCCAUCGCGGGGAUUCGAACCUCCAACCUUCUGAUUGGCAAGUCCUAGGCUCUGUGGUUUAACCCACAGCGCCACCCGCGUCCAAUAAUAAUAAUUAAUAAAUAAAUAAUAAAUAAAUCCUGGUACACCAUUGCCCUGCGGGGGACUGGAUGGCCAGUUCAUCCCUCCUGAUCAGGGAGAGAAGACCUCUCUCAGCUCCUUGUUUCAGAGAGCAGGGUGGGUGGGUGUAUGAAGUAUGGUUGUGAAUUUUUUCUUGAUUUUAUUGCCUUUAGCUUCCUGUAAACCCGCUUUGAGGGUUUUGUUGUUGUUUUUACAGCCAAGCGAUAUAUAAAUUAUACGAAAACAAUGAAGGGGGAAAGUGAUUAGGCAGUGGGUGGGAGAGGUUUGCAAGCGACCGGUUUUUGAAAAGCCUUUUCCUCCUUUCUUUUAUCUUCAAUUAGAUUUUCGACAUCAAUGUGAAGGCUGCAGCCCUGCUGAUCAAACUGGUCGUACCUCACAUGGAGAAAAGGGGGUGAGUUUUUGUGCUUGUGUGUUGUGGAAGAGGCAACUUGGCGGUUGGGCAAGGGGUCUUCUGGGGCAAUGAUAAAAUUCUUGUCUAUAUUCUGGUCGCCGAUCAAGCAGAUAACCACGAAGAUCUCCUUGCAAGUCCACCUGUUUUGUGGUGAGCUUCUGGCUCCUCGCCUAGGCUCCGUGUCACACUUCAUGUCUGCUUCAAGUUUCUGGUCCUCAUUGUGAAACUUCCCACUUCUGUAGCCCUUCCUGUGUCCACCCACCUUUUGUUGAUGGGGAAAGGCCUCCGUUCUGUUGGCCUGUGGGACUUGCGGAGAAGGUCACCUUUCAUAAAGGCAGGCCAGAAGCUAUUCAGUGGCUUGGCCACUGACAUUUGGGGGGAACUAUGGAGCACAUCUGAGGAAUUAUUGGGAGGGACUCAGUAGCCCUUUAUCUGGUACAGAGUUGAGGCCAUGUGGCUAGACCUCAUGGCCAACACCCUUGUUUGAGACUUUUUCAGUCCCUCUGUGGGUUCAGGGAACAGUAACCGCCAACCAUUUUCUCAGGUGAUGUUGUUGUUGUUUAGUCAUUUAGUCGUGUCCUACUCUUCGUGACCCCAUGGACCAGAGCACGCCAGGCACUCCUGUCUUCCACUGCCUCCCGCAGUUUGGUCAAACUCAUGGUGGUAUCUUUGAGAACACUGCCCAGCCAUCUCGUCCUCUGUUGUCCCCUUCUCCUUGCGCCCUCCAUCUUUCCCAGCAUCAGGGUCUUUUCCAGGGAGUCUUCUCUUCUCAUGAGGUGGCCAAAGUACUGGAGCCUCAGCUUCAGGAUCUGUCCUUCCAGUGACCACUCAGGGCUGAUUUCCUUCAGAAUGGAUAGGUUUGAUUUCUCAGGUGAUAAUGGACCCCAAAGCACUCAGUGAGUUACAUGGCAGAGCGGAGAUUUGAACCCAAGACUCACUGAUCCAUGGCCAACACUUGAACCACAAGCAACUUUUCUGAGGUGAACUCCACCCCUCUCCCUGGUCCUGACACCGUCACCCUUCCUCAGGGCUCACUUCUGCAGCCGAAUUUUCCUUUCAGAUGUCCGCCUCACCUUACGUGGUCCCCAUCAUGACUCCUCUCAGCCUCCAUCCUCAUUCGCUCUUGUUAACCUGCUUUUUUCUUACAGAGGCGGCUCCAUCGUUAUCGUCUCCUCCAUCGCUGCUUAUUCCCCGUUUCCGGUGAGUCAGCUGUUUUCCAUUCCUCUGCCAAUGUUGUCCUUGUCCUUCUGUUGUCCAUCCCUUCCUGUAGUAAGAACAUUAGGAGAUCCCAGCUGCUGGAUCAGGCCAGCGGCACAUCUAAUCCGGCGUCCUAUUCUCACAGUGACCAACCAGAUGCCCCAAUAGGAAAUAGGUCACAAUAUAGAUUUUAACCUCUGGGGAAAACUCUGGAAAAGUGACUUGAAGUUUACAGCAUCUUGUUCUUUGAAGGAGAACUACCUGAAAAUUAUUUACAGAUGGUGUUGAACUCCGAGUAGGCUUGCUAAGAUGUAUAAGACUGAAUCAGAUAAGUGCUGGAGAUGCAAAGAGGUGGAGGAAAUGUUCUUUCAUAUGUGGUGGACUUGUAAAAGGUUAAAAGAGUACCGGGAAAUGAUCCAUAACAAAUUGAAAACAAUGUUUAAAAGUGCUUCCCCCCCAAAAAUACCAGACAGAGUCCUUUUUGUUGGGGAUAAUUCAGACUGAAAUUCCCGGGUGUCACAAAAGGUUAUUUAUGUAUGCCACUACUGUGGCCCGUUUUUUGUUAGCCCAAAAAUGUAAAACGAGUGAGGUCCCAACUAAAGAAGAAUGGCAACUUAAGUUGACAGAAUAUCCACAGCUUGCAUACUUAACAUAUAGAAUAAGAGAACAAGAAUAACAUAUGUUUAGAGAAGAUUGGAAAACGUUUAUUGAAUAUACGGGAAAUAACUGUGUACAGCUGAAAACACCGGCAGCGUUAAGAUAAAUUCAACAGUGUAAGUUAGUUAUGAUGGUUGUUAUAAUGGAAAACUGAAGUUUCUGUAAAAUAUGCAGGGAUUUAUGAUACGUAAAAUGAACCAUGGAAAGAGAGGAAGGUAAGUCACUGGUGUCUUAAGGAUGUGUAAAUGAAUACUUUAAAUUGUAAGACAGAAAAUUUAAUAAAAAUUAUAUAUUAAAAAAUGCAAGCAGGACAUCAGUUCAGCAACGCCAUCCACUCUUGCGAUUCCCAGCAACUGGUUCCAACUCAGGAACGGCUCCGCCAAGCUGGAGCUAUUGCUAGUAAACAUUGAUAGCCUUCUCCUCCCUGAAUUUUGAAAGCCAUCCACAUUGAUGGCCUGCAUCCCUUCGCCAAGGAAGAGGACAGAAGUUGCGGUGCAACAACAUCUGGGUGCCCAUGGUUGAAGAAUGCCGCCUUAGGGGAAUGGUCUUGUCAGCCUCCUGAAAUCUCUUCCUCCUCUUAGGGAUUGGGCCCCUACAACGUCAGCAAGACAGCACUCCUGGGCCUCACGCACACCCUGGCUUCUGAACUCGGCCCCAGAAACAUCCGCAUCAACGCACUGGCUCCCGGCCUGAUCCGCACCAAGUUCAGCUCAGCUGUGAGUAUCGGGGAAGCUGUGGACGUAGGUGCCUCCUGUGUUUAUUUACCGUAUUUUUUGCGCUAUAAGAUUCACUUUUUCCCUCCUAAAAAGUAUGGGGAAUUGUGUGUGCGUCCUAUGGAGCGAAUGCAGGCUGCGCAGCUACCCCAAAAACCAGAACAGCAAGAGGGAUUGCUGCUUUCGCUGCGCAGCGAUCCCUCUUGCUGUUCUGGCUUCUGGGAUUCAGAAUAUUUUUUUCCCCCUCCUCCAAAAACUAGGUGCGUCUUAUGGUCUGGUGCGUCUUAUAGAGCGAAAAAUAUGGUAUUUAUCCCUUGCCUUUCUUCCGCCAUCACAGAACCCAUGCUGCAGUGUGCGUGCGUGCUUCUUGUGAGAGAUCCUGCCCACCCUUUGCAAUCUUUCACAUGUCCCACCUUUACCUGAGGUACCCCUGGCUGGGACAUGGGGGGCGGGGAGAGAGAGAGAGCCAUCUCGUGUGUCAGUGACCAGCUUUUGGAACUCCCUGCCUGGAAAGAUUAUGUUUAUAACCACAUUUAUUACCAGCUGUUCAUCCAGGCUGGGUUGCAACAGUUAAAAAUGUAAAGCAGUCAGAACAGAUCACAAUCGCAGGAAUAGGGUGGGUUCUGAAAACGGAUCGUUUCAAGUGUCAAAGACCGAGGUGAAGAGGUCUGUUCCACUUCAUUCCACCUGACAAGAUAUUCCUGUUUCUUGGGGGUUUUAAUGAGAUUCUUUAUCCGCCCCUUCUGUCUGUUUUAAUUUUCUGGUUUUUUAUUUAUUUUAUUCUAUAAUGUAUUAUUUUUUAAAGCGUUUCACUUGCACCCUACCCUCUGACGGCAUAGAUUUCAACGGGAGCGAGGUGUAACUAACUGCAGCUCUGAUCUUAUACACACUUAAAACCGGGAGCGAGCCUCGUUGAAUUCGGGCUGGACUUGGACUCCCACGAAGACAGAAAUGUUUAGAGCAGUGCUGUCUGUCUGAAUCCAACCCAAAGUCAACAGAAGUUGAAAUCUGUCGUAAUUGGGCUGGGUUUUUAUUUUUAUUUUUUUUAUGUCUUCACCUACAGGCACAAAUUCAGGGUAUUGGUUUUAUCAUAGAGGCAAACUGACUGGGCAUCUUCUCUUUCCAGCUCUGGCAGGACAAAACCAUGGGGGACAAAUUGAUGGAAACCAUGAGGAUACGGAGGUAACGUUCACUACACAAACAAACACCCGCCAGUCAGCAGGUCUGUGGGCCAGCUAUGGAUCUCAAACGGAAUCUGAGGGGACUGUACCACAUCACUUGAAUUGGCUGCCGGGCCCUGAGGCCCCUUUAAAAGAAGCCCCUCGCCCACCCACUAAUGUUGGGCACAAGCCCAUCCAAGCCGUUGUCUCUGGAGCCUGCCUUCUAACCACAGGGGUGGUGAACCAUUUUUGGCCCCACCCACUUGACAUAUGCAACAUCAUUUGCGGGCAGGUUAAAAGGGGGGGCUGGGCCAGGUGGGUGGCUGCGCCCCCUUCUCAGAUCUGGCUCUCCAGUGGGGCAGGAUGCAGAGGGGCUGGGCGGCUGGGGAGAUACCAUUCCCCACUCUUGUUCUAGGCGUUCUGCAGGUGGCACUGUGGCCUAAACCACUGAGCCUCUUGGGCUUGCUGAUCAGAAGAUCGGCAGUUCGAAUCCCCGUGAUGGGGUGAGGUCCCAUUGCUCUGUCCCAGCUCCUGCCAACCUAGCAGUUAAAAACACACCAGUGCAAGUAGAUCAAUAGAUACCACUGCGGCAGGAAGGUAAACAGUGCGCUCUGGUUUCCGUCACGGUGUCCCGUUGCGCCAGAAGCGGUUUAGUCAUGCUGGCCACACAACCCGGAAAGUUGUCUCCGGACAAAUGCCACCUGCUUUGGCCUGAAAGUCAGAUGAGCGCUGCAACCCCAUAGUCGCCUUUGACUGGACUUAACCAUCCAGGGGUCUUUUACCUUUACCUUCUAACUUUUUUCCUAGUGGAAUGCAUCUGAGGAAUGGGGCUUGGCUGUGUCAGAGGGGGUCUGAUCUGUAUGCAGAAAGUCCCACUUCUGGUCGCUGGUGUCUCUCUAGCUUUAUUUAUUUAUUUAUUUAUUGGGUUUAUAUGCCACCCUUCAUCAAAAGAUCUUGGGGGGGUUCAGAUUAUUUAAAAAAAAACCAACAAAAACCCCAAGAUAAAAGCACAAGUAAAUGAUCAAAACGGAAGCAACGAAACCCCACCUCCCACAAACACAUUUAAAAGCCUGUAGAAUAUUAAACAGCAAAAGGCAUGGUUGAAGAGGAAUGGUUUUUUUGACUGGUGCCUAAAGGUGUAUAAUGAAGGCGCCAGGCGAAUCUCCCUGGGGAGAGCAUCCCACAAACAGGGAGCCACCACAGAGAAGGCCCGUUCUUGUACAGUGGUACCUCGGGUUACAUACGCUUUAGGUUACAUAUGCUUCAGAUUACAGACUCCGCUAACCCAGAAAUAGUGCUUCAGGUUAAGAACUUUGCUUCAGGAUGAGAACAGAAAUCGUGCUCCGGCGGCGUGGCAGCAGCAGGAGGCCCCAUUAGCUAAAGUGGUGCUUCAGGUUAAGAACAGUUUCAGGUUAAGUACGGACCUCAGGAGCGAAUUAAGUACUUUAACCCGAGGUACCACUGUAUUGCUGCCCUCUAGACCUCUGACGGAGGAGCCACAUGAAGAAGCGCCUCAGAAGAUGAACACAAGAAUUGGUGUCAGUUUAUAUGGGGAGAGGCGAUCCUUGAGGUAUUGCGGUCCUGAGCCGUUCGGCGUUGGUUAGGGGCAGAAUUGGGGAACCGUUCUCAAACCGAGAGCCACAUUCUUUUGUGGAGAGCCUUCCGGGGCCUACCGCGGAUGGGGCCCCAGCUGGCGCGCUCGGGUGCACAUAGCACACCGCUGCAUGCAGAAUGUGCUGUACACCCAAAACCACCUCAUCCUAAGUCAGACCUAUAGGGGGCCACCUAGCUCAGUAUCGUCAACUCUGGCUGGCAGCCGCUCUCCUGGAUUUCAGUCCGGGAACAUUCAUUCCCAGCCCUAUCUCGAGGUUCGGUAUGAAAGCGAGUGACAAAACGUUAAUACAGUGUGCGAUCUUUUUUAUUAUUAUUAUUAAACGAGCUUAUGAUAAGCCUAAAAACCUUGAAUUGUGUUCAGAGCGGGAGGGGAGGGGGGCUCUGCUGCCAAACUACAGCCCCUCCCCAGACGCACAGAUUCACUCGCUUCCUGCCGCCACCCCAAACCCACAGCAGUAAAGGCUGGGAAAAAGGCUAUAAAUGCAUGGAAGUGGGUGGCGGGGAUGAUUUUUACGGAGAGCACAGUUUGACAGAGGAGGUUUAACCCUUCCCUCCUUUCCCCAGCUGCACUCUCUGCAAGUAUCGCGGAAACCCGCCUGCUGCAAACACGGAGCCAUUAGGUUUUUUUGGAAAAGUCUCCUACAAAAACCAUUUUUUUGCAAGCCUGAUUGCAAUGCGGAAAUGGGGCGGGCAGUUACUGGUGUGUGUGGGGGGUGUCACAGGUCAUGGGGUGCGGAGGUUUAACCCUUUCCUCCACAGCAAUGAACUCCACCCUAGGUAAAGGUAAAGGGACCCCUGACCAUUAGGUCCAGUCGUGACCAACUCGGGUUGUGGCGCUCAUCUCACUUUAUUGGCUGAGGAAGCUGGCGUACAGCUUCCGGGUCAUGUGGCCAGCAUGACUAAGGCGCUUCUGGCGAACCAGAGCAGCGCACGGAAACGCCGUUUACCUUCCCGCUGGAGUGGUACCUAUUUAUCUACUUGCACUUUUGACGUGCUUUGGAACUGCUUGGUUGGCAGGAGCAGGGACUGAGCAACAGGAGCUCACCCCGUUACGGGAAUUCGAACCGCCAACCUUCAGAUUGGCAAGUCCUAGGCUCUGUGGUUUAACCCGCAGCGCCACCCGCGGAACUCCACCCUACCCACCCACCAAAAGAACCCCAACACGCACACACUGCAAUUAUGCUUGAAGAGAGCCCCUGUUCUGGAGCACACAGUCCAGCCCUCUUGCCUACCCCCUCCUCCCAACCCUUAGAGAGCUGCUACCACCUAGAGUAGAUAACACUGAGCAAGAUGGAUGUGGAAUAAGGCCCCACAGUAUCCCACCGGGUGGCUGAAACUGCUCCAGCUAGGCCUGAUUCCUGGCACAACCUGCAGGCCAUUUAUUUAUUAAAUAUCUAUACCACCUGUCAUCUGAGUAUCAAAGAGCAGUUUACAAUAUAAAAACACAAAAAGUACAUGACAUAACAAGCAGCAGUUUUUUCAAACCCUGCAAGGUUUGAAAGGCCAUAGAUUGGCUAUUUAAACAAAGAUCUGGGAGAAAAGUCAAGGUAUGUAAGGAAGGUGCCAGGCAGGCCUUUCUGGGGAGAGCAUCUGACAAGCAGGGAGCCACCGCAGAAAAAGCCCGUUCUCGUGUUGCUGCCCUCCAGGGCUCUCACAGAGGAGGCAUGCAAAGAAGGGCCUCAGAGGAUAAUUGCAGGGUCAGGGUCAUAUGGGGAGAGGUGCCCCUUCCUCGUAUGGGCUCUCGGUGCUGGCAACAGUGGUGUGAGAGGCUGGAGUCGAGGGCCGGGGAAUGGGGUUGCAGGAGUUUGACCCUAUAGGUGGUGCUGUCGCCUAGGGAAAUUCAUCUGGGAGCCAACGGCCACCCGGUGGACUCUAGAAUGGGCAGACGGAUUUGAGGCUGGUUGAAGAAGAGCAGGAGGAGAUCUCUGUAGCUGGAUCAGGCCAAGGGCUGAUUUCACAGUGGCCAACCUGAUUCCCCUAGGGGAAACUUGCAAGCAGUUUGAUCGCCUUAUUCUCCCCAUGAAUUUGUCUCAUUUUUUGCAUCCAUCUGUCUCGAAAGACAAUGGAGUGUGCCUCCGUGGGCAGAGUCGAACCACUGGAGAAUCGCAACACCCGCUGCGGCUGCAGAGACCCGCAACUUGUAACUGCUGCCUCCAGCAUGGUUUCUGCUGCGUUAGCAGCAACCAAAAUGGCCUCUCUGGGGCGCAGGCCUGGGCGGUGUGUCUGGGGGUCCUGGGCUGCCAGACAACAAGAUCCCCCCUCUCAGCCUGGCUGAUGUGGUCCAAAAUAAAGCAGAGCAAUAUGUUUGGCAGCAGCCUGGUUGCAGGAGUUGCCGGAAGGAGACUUACAAGGCGCCAUCCAACCCCCUUAGGAACUUCAUUCCAGAUUUGUGUAGGGUUUACUCCUUAGCCUUUUCUUCUCCUGAAGAUAUCCCACAGGGCCGCGGGUAAUGAAUUUUGUCUAAUCCUCUUUAUUAGCUAUUCAAAUGGGUGGCCGUCGCCACCUCUUGCGGGCAGGGGGCAAAAUUUCAAAGUUUAACUGUUCAUUGUGUGAAAAAGUAAUUCCUUUUGCCUGGCUGUGAAGCUAGCAAUAUUCAGCUACGUUGGAUGGUCGCGAAUUCUAGUAUUAUGAGUGAGGGAGAAAAACAUUUCUCUAUCCACUUUCUCCAAACCGUGCAUAAUUUUUAUACACGUCUGUCAUCUCUCCUCCCCACCACCCUGACACACCUUUAAACAAACUAAAAAGGCCCAAAUGCGGCCUCAGUUUUUCCCCUUGACUUGAACCCAUGCAGGUCCAUGUGCGAAAGACAUAACAUUUUGAAUUAAAGAUCACGGCACCCUUAAAAACAUCCUCAGCUUAGAGGUAACCAAGACUGAACAGUUCUUUCUUCCAACAAAGUUCUCUCUGCUGCUUAGUGUCUGACUAGUUCCUGGGAGACCAGGGUUCAAAUAAUUAAACUCACGGAGUGAUCUUAGGCCAGUUAUUCCCUCUCAGCCUAACCUACCUCGCAGGGUUGUUGUGAGAAUAAAAUGGGGAGGGGGAGAAGAACCAUGUAUGCCGCCUUGAGCUUCUUGCGGGGUGGGAUGCAAAUGUAACAAAUAAAUUAAUUGGGAACCCCAUGGGCUGGGAUUACAAACUUCAUUCCGCUCACAACUGAAACGUCUCCUCAGGCCUUGAGGAUUUAGAAUAACCUGACUGUGCGCGUGGAGUACUUGGCAAUCUUACUAUGCUUUCAUUUUUAAAAUUUUAUUUCUGUGUUCUGCUUGGCCCACUGCGCAUGUGCACAUGCGUGCUUCCUGCCCCCCCAACGCGCCCCAGCGCAUUUGCGCAUUGGUUUAAACAGUGCACGAAAAGCAAGCAUCGUUAUUGCAUCAGGGUUCUCAGGCGCUUUAGUUGCCUAAUUAAAAAAAAAAGAGGGGAGAGAGAAAAGAAGCAAACUGACAACUGCAGAAAAUUGCACAUGUGGCAAUUGUGGAAUUGCUUCUGGAAAUUCUCCAGGUUACGCAGGAAGGCAGAGCAGAGCAGAGCAGUGGUGGUGAUGCAAAAACUUACAGAAUGAUAAUGAAAUGGAACGAGGGACAUCCAAGUGUCCCAAGACUUUAGAGUGAUCUGUCAGCUCCGGUCGUUCCGGGUUGAACAACAAAGAAAUCCAGGCCUGGAUUAGGGGUUGGCUACCCACAGGCCUUGUUGGCACCAUCUUCUUCCUCUUACCUAGAUUCACCUUUCUCCCUCCUGCCUCCAAUUCCUUGGCCUCAUCUCCUUUCCCCACUGGGCUCUGCCACCUCCUUUUCCCCAGCCCUGCCCUUGGACAACGGCUAUAUUCUGCCUCCACUGUCAGGAGGCCACAGAAAACCACUCGCUGGGGAAUGUCAUGUGAGCAGAGUGCUGUUGCGCUCAGGUCCGGCUUGCAGGCGUCCUAAAAGGCAUCAGGUUGGCCGCUGUAAGAACAGAAUGCUGGACUAGAUGGGCCCUUGGCCUGAUCCUGUGGGCUCGUUUCAUGUCCCUCCAACUAAGCCCCAUCCUUUCUUUGCCUAACUUCCUCCAGGAAUGCCCGCUAACCGGACUCUUUCCCUUUCCUCCCUCUCUUCCUUAGGAUGGGAGAGCCGACGGACUGCUCUGGCAUAGUCUCCUUCCUCUGUUCCCCGGACGCCGACUACAUCACAGGGGAGACCGUGGUGGUGGCUGGGGGGGCCCCAUCCCGUCUCUAAUGGGAUGGGGGGGUCCAGCCUGCCUUCCUACUCAACUAUGUGAACGACCAGAUGGAUGGUUUCGCAUUGCCCACUAUGCACCCCAGGAAUAAAGAUGUGGGGAUGUUGAGUGAGGGGAGAGGGGGUGCUUGGCUACUGGAAGUGGGGGGCACAGUUGCUCCCCCAGAGGAGAGAUGACAGGGCGAGACACAGACGUCUCUCCUAAUAAAUGGGAAGAUGGCAAGGGGGAAAUUGAUCUCUGGGUCUCAUUUGAGAUCGUAUGUGUUUUUUAAAAAUACCGUAUUUUUGGCUCUAUAAGACUCACUUCUUCCCUCCUAAAACGUAAGGGGAAAUGUAUGUGCAUCUUAUGGAGUGAAUGCAGGCUGCACAGCUAUCCCAGAAGCCAGAACAGCAAGAGGGAUUGCUGCUUUCACUGCACAGCGAUCCCUCUUGCUGUUCUGGCUUCUGAAAUUCAGAAUAUUUUUUUUCUUAUUUUUCUCCUCCAAAAACCAGGUGCGUCUUGUGGUCUGGUGCGUCUUAUAGAGCGAAAAAUACGGUAUGAUGGUGGUAAUUAUGAUUGGUUUAUGACCCACCCUUCACCCUAAGGUCCCAGGGUGGUUCACAAUGAUUUAAAUGAAUUAAAACAAAUUAAAUAGGGACACAGUCCAUCCCUGGUCCAGGUUUGUUGGAAGACGUUUUGGUAUCAUCUAGAUCAGUGUUUCUCAAACUUGGGUCUCCAGGUGCUUUGGGGCUACAGUUCCCACCAUCCCUGACCAUUGCUCCUUCUAACUAGGGAUGAUGGGAGUUGUAGUCCAAAAACAGCUGGAGACCCACUAAUCUCUAUGAAGUUCAUCAGGUAGCACAGUUCCCAUUGGGAUGGGGAAUGACCCAAAGCAGUCUUUUCCAACCUGGGCUCCCCAGAUGUUUUUGGACUACAACUCCCAUCAGCCUCUGCUGGCCGGGGGUGAUGGGAGGUGUAGUCCAAAAGCAUAUGGAGGGGCCCAGGUUGGCAAAACCGGGCCUUACAGCCUACAAAUGCUUCCCUGUGUAACUGGGGGGCCCUUCUGGAAGAACAAAAUCUCGAGAACUGGAAGAGGUGUCUCUGUGUGUGUGUAUUACGGAUUUUAGGGGUCACUUUUGCAGAAAAGUAUCGGGGUGCAGGAAUUCUUUUGCGAGGGGAGGGUCAGGUCUGUGGCUCGGGUGGCGAUUUCCCAUCUCUUCAUUUCCCAGUGUGCCUUAUUUUUACGUUGACUUUCACAAUAAAGGUGU